AUGAAAUGGUUGCUAGAGAUUCACGUAAUUUUGAUUCUUGGACUGGACUAGUUCAGGAGGUUGAAGGAAUGUGCCCUGAUAAUUUGGAUCUCAUCGCAUUAGCAUAUGAUUCAUUUUUAUCAAUGUUCCCUUUGUGCCAUUGGUAUUGGACAAAGUAUACUGAUCACAUCAUACGGCUAUCAGAUGCUCAUAAAGCUGUUAAAGUUUAUGAACGUGCAGUGGAUUCAACACCAUUCUCCACUGGCUUGUGGGUCGACUAUUGUUGUUUUGGCAUGUGUUUCUAUGAGGAUCCAUCUGAUGUUCGUAGGUUGUUCAAAAGAGCCCUAUUGUUUGUGCGGAAAGAUUACUUUUGUCAUGCCUUAUGGAAUCAGUACAUAAAAUACGAAUUUACUCAGCAACACUGGGGCUUUCUUGCAAAUAUUUACCUCCAAGUUCUCAAGUUCCCUACGGAGUAUUUGGAUAGAUAUUAUGAGAAUUUCAAACAGUUUGUUGUGGGACUGGAUGAGGAGAUGAAGAAGCACGAGAACUGCAGUGCAGAUGCAGACGCUGGAUCUCUGCCAAACCAUUCAGCUAAGUUGUCUGAAGAUGAAAUUAUUCAAGUCAUUGAGGACUUGCAGAAUGCUUCUAAUGAAGCCCUCCUACGAAAAGCAGUAAAUAAAUAUAAACUUAUAGGUGAAAUAUUCUACCAGAAAGCAAAGGAGUUGGAUGAAAAAAUAAAAAACUUUGAAACUAAUAUUCAGAGACGAUAUUUUGAUACCGCACCACUUGAUGAUGCACAGCUGAAAAAUUGGCAUCACUAUCUGGACUUUAUCGAGAAGCAAGAUGAUUUUGAUUGGGCUCUGCAACUGUAUGAGAGAUGCUUGAUUACCUGCACUAAUUAUCCAGAGUUCUGGAUGCGUUAUGUGGAGUUCAUGGAAAGCAAGGGAGGACGAGAACUGGCAAAUUCUGCACUACAACGAGCUACGCAAGUCUUUCUGAAGGGUGUGCCCGAAAUCCAUCUUUUUAAUGCCAGGUAUAAGGAGCGAAUUGGAGAUGUGAAUGCUGCAGUUGCUGCAUUUCUCAACUCUGACGUUCUAUCUGAUUCCUUACCCAGACAUAUUGUAGAGCUGGCAAAUAUGCGAAGGCGUCUGGGUAAUCUGGAAGCAGCUUCUGAUACAUUAAAAAAUGCAAUUAAUAUGGCAGAAAAGAAGCAGAAGUUGCAUAGUUUACCUAGCCUGUUCAUUCACUAUUCUCGGCUCAAAUAUAUGAUCACAGGAAGUGCAGAAGCUGCUAGAGAUGCUUUAAUAGAUGGAAUUCAACGGAUUCCUCAUUGCAGUAAACUUUUGGAGGAAUUGAUUAAAUUUGCAAUGAUGCAUGAAGGAGCCAAACAAGUAGAUCUAAUAGACUCAAUUAUAGGUCAUGCAAUUUCUCCCAGCUCUGAGGGAACCUCUGGUCUGGCCCUUAAAGAUCGAGAACACGUAUCAUCUUUGUUUAUGGAGUUUGUGGACCUUUGUGGAACAGUGCACGAUAUUAGUAAGGCAUGGAAUCGUCACAUUCAAUUGUUUCCACAGUUGGUCAGGAACAAUCUAAUAGAUAAGGAGCUCGACUUAGGAAAAUGCCUGUCUGAUCAAAUGUUGGUCAUAAGAGAGAGCGGUUCUUGUGCCUUUCCUAAUUUGCUAGAUGAAGACCAGCAUAGUAACCAACCAGUCGAAGAGCAGGUAAGCUUGUUACCAGCAAAUCAUGCCAGCAAGGAUGAAUUGGUUUCUGCUGAUCAGACCCCACAGAAAUGCAAUAACACAGUUGACUGCGAGAGAGGGGAACACUUAUCUACCCAGGAGGCAGACAAGCGAAACUUUGGUGCAUUUGAAGUGGAUGAAGUAGCUCAUCACUCAAUGCUUCAAUCAGCAGAUGAUACACCUAGAGUAAUGGAAUCAAUGGACAACUUGACGGAACAGCAUAAAGAAAAUGUGCCUGCACAGAUGACUCCUGCAUCAGUUCAAAUUUCAAGUAAAGCUACCUCAGAACCAAAUGCAUUGACUUCUAACUCUAAUUGCCAGUCAAGUGCAACUGUUAUUUUAGAAUCUGCAGAAGAGCAUUCCUGUCCAAUGAAUAUGCAAGACCAAAAGCACAAACAGCAUCCUAAUCCAGUUUCUUUUGGUAAUCUUUCCUUAAAUUCUCAGGAAAAGGCCUCUCAGAAAUUAAUUGCUAUGGCUUCUGAUGAACAUGAUGCUGCUUCAGAUAUUUCCAAGUCUACAGAUUGUUUGAAUGCAAAUAGUCCUCCAAACAGAACUGCAGCUGCUGAUUCUGUUGAAGUUCAAGAAUCCCCAGAUGAAACUAGAUUGGCUGGCUUGUUAUCCUCAGCAACUCAACAAGUGAGUACACCAACGAAAAUGCAUCCAAGUUCAAUGCUGUCCCCCAGUGCCGGUGGAGAAUGCCAUCAAAUGCUCAAGGGUACAGUUUCUGAAGGAAAAUCUUCAGAGAUGCACUUGCCCACUACUCAUCCAUAUCCUCAGCAUUCCCUAGUUUGGAAACAAGGGGACCACGCUGAAGUUUAUUGCAAGGAAAAUGCUCCACAGGAGAAUCUAGCAAGUAAACAUGUCUGGCUGGUCAAUAGUAUGCCAGACAUGAGCUCCUCAUCCACAAAUCCAUCACAUAUCGCAACAGAUCAUGGUCAAACAUUAAGUCAGACAUUGCCGUAUCAGCAACAUCUUCUGCAACAGCAGUACCAACAGCAGCUAGUUCAAAUGCUGCCACUGCAUCAUCAACACCAACAAUCAUAUUUGCACCACCAGCAGCUUCUGCCACAACAACAGCAACAGAAUCAGCAGCAAGCGUCUUCCUGGCAACAACAGCAAUAUCAUCAGCAACAUCAGCAGCUGCUUUCAUUACCAUAUCAAGGACUGCAAAUUCAGCAACAGAUGCCCCACUUGCAGCAGAUACAUCAACAGGGAUAUCAAGGACAUGCAGCACAAGUACAUCAGACAUUAUUCCAGCAGUACCAAUUGUAUCAACAAGGCUAUGGACAAAUGUUGCAGCAGCAUCAACAGCAUCCGUAUCAUUAUAAUCAAAUGCUUCUGCAGCAGCCCCCACAACAUCAGCAACAAGAUGAACAGCAGGAGCAUCAUCAAAAGAGAGCUUCAAAUCAGGAUCUAUCACAAGGCAUCAGUCAACAUCUAUGGGGCCAGCAGACUGCACCACAAGGUGCUGAUUCUACGCUGCUUCGACACUCAUCACCACAAUCUAUGGCUCAACUGAACACAGAAAGGCAAUCUGGGCUAGUUGCAUCAUCACACCAGCAGCCUUUCCAUGGAAUAUCCCCUUCCCGUAAUAGAGACACACCUGAAUCUGCUGCAUCUUCACACCAUGGGCGUUAAUCUCCCUAAUAUCUGCCGAUUCUAUGUUCAUUAUGACCAUCAUCUCUUUGUUAAUUGUCAUUUCCUAAUUUGAGAACGAGUAAAGCGUAAAUUAGUUUUCCUGCUUAAGAGUACGCAUUGCCUCUUUAUUACGUGCGUCUGGUACAAUCAUCAUCUAAAGGCAUGAAACGUUGAACUUUAGGUUUACUGUAACACUCGUCUUUCUUGCAGCCUAAUAUUUGGGCACGUGAGUUGCACAUUGCGAUAAUUAUGCUUUUUGAUACUUAAUCAAAUACAUUAUUUUGUUGUA